GUCUUGUAUUCUGUACCGCGGUACCACAACACGACGUCCAUACCACAACAUUGCCCCACCAGUUGCAGCAGCGAGCUCUCGAAUUAUGGCUUCUGUUGACCUCAGCCAGCCGUUCGACUACAUUGUCGUCGGCGGCGGCACCGCCGGUCUAGUUGUCGCCAACCGCCUCACCGAGGACAGCGAUGUCCGAGUUCUCGUCGUCGAGGCCGGUGCAGACCGCACCGCCGACCCUUUAGUCCUUACACCGGGCUUGGUUGCCGCCUUGUACGGCAAGGAGGAGUACGAUUGGAAUUUUUCCUCUACUCCACAGCCAACCCUCAACAACCGGCUUAUUAACCAGUCUCGGGGCAAGAUGCUCGGUGGCAGUUCCGGCCUUAACUUCUUGAUGCUGCUCUACCCAUCUAAGGCCAACAUCGAUUCCUGGGCUGCCCUGGGCAACCCGAGCUGGAAUUAUGACGCCUUGGUCCCGUACUUUCGCAAGUUUGCGACGGUUCACACGCCACCUCAGUCCGCCCGGGACCUCCUUGGCUUGACUUACCUCAACGAGGGCUUGGCCAAGGGUGACGGGCCCAUCCACGUCUCGUUCAGCGAGGGUUAUGGCGUAACGAACAAGGCGUGGCUGAAAACCUUUGCCGACCUUGGCCUCGAAAUCGCGGCCGAUCCCCGCGACGGCGGAGCGCUGGGUGCCUUCCAAAACCAAGCGAGCAUCGACCCGGCCACCAACACGAGAAGCUACGCUGCCACCGGAUACUAUACCCCCGAGGUCGCCAAGCGGCCGAACCUCGUCGUCCUCACCGAAACUGUGGUAAACAAGAUCAUCUUUGACACGACGAGCGGUGAGGACGCCGUUGCCACGGGCGUCGAGAUCAUCACCAAGGACGGCCAGAAGAAGCAAGUCUCGGCCAGCACAGAAGUUAUUUUGGCGGCUGGUGCGCUGCAGUCACCUCAAAUCCUCGAGCUCUCGGGCAUCGGUGGCCGCGACCUGCUCGGCAAGCACGGCAUCCCCGUAGUCGUUGACAACGCCAACGUUGGUGAGCACGUCCAAGAUCAUCCCAUCGUCUGCCAGAGCUUCGAGGUCGCCGACGGCGUGCCCUCGGGCGACGUCCUGCGCGACCCCAACGUCCUCCAAGCCCUGGUCGGCAUGUACCAGACGGGUGGUGCCGGGCCGCUAGGCCAGAGCAUCAUCAGUGUCGCCUACUCGCCGCUCGUUGACGGCUCGGGCGUUGUCCCGGCCGAAGCCAAGGCGGGCUUCCUCGACGAGCACGCACCAAGCUUUACCACCCCAGAAGGCAAAGUCAUCCGCAAGCUGGUCGAGUCCCCCACCCAGGCCACCUUCCAAUACCUCCUCUUCCCCAGCCAGGUCGACAUCCCCGACCGCCCGACCAGCAUGGCGCACUAUAUCACCCCCGUUCUCCCGGAGAACUAUAUUACCAUCAUGACCAUCGUCAACCAGCCCUUCUCGCGCGGCAGCGUGCACAUCACCAGCGCCGACGUCAAGGCCGCGCCGGAGUGGGACCCCAAGUACAACUCCAACCCGCUCGACAUGGAGCUGCUCGCGCGCGGCGUGCAGUUCGUCGAGCGCAUCGUCGACCCCGCCACGCCGUUCGGCCAAGUCCUCAAGGACGGCGGCAAGCGCCAGCCGGCGCUCAAGGCCGACGACCUCGAAACGGCCCGCGAGAUCGUGCGCCGCCGCCAGAUCUCCGUCUUCCACGUCGCCGGCAGCUGCGCCAUGCGCCCGCGCGACCAGGGCGGCGUCGUCGACGAGCGUCUGCGCGUGUAUGGGACGAAGGGGCUGCGUGUUGUUGAUGCUAGCGUGUUGCCGCUCGAGCCGGUCGGCAAUAUUCAGAGUGUGGUGUAUGCUGUUGCGGAGAGGGCUGCGGAUUUCAUCAAGGAGGAUCGUAAGAAGGCUUAGUUAGGGGCGUGAGGGGGGUGUAAUAUCAUGGGUUGGGGGUUGAUGGGCGUAGACUUAGUGCUAAUGUUUUUGGCGAGAGUUACGGUCCGGCCUGAAAGCACCUAAGUUAUAACUUCUAUUACAAUUGAGU